AUGGGAAAACUCAGCAGGCUUGAACUGUACAACUUCAAGUCCUACAAGGACCAUCAUACCCUCCUAUUUGGUGAUGCGUACUUCACAUCCAUCAUCGGCCCCAAUGGCUCCGGCAAAUCAAACGCCAUGGACGCCAUCUCGUUCGUCCUCGGAAUCAAGUCGUCCCAUCUUCGAUCCGCCAAUUUGAAAGAACUGGUGUACCGCGGUCGCGUUCUGAGAAAAUCCGUUCCGAAUGGCGAACCUGAAGCAAACGGAGACGGAGGUCAUGAUGAGGAAGAACAAAGAGAAGGAGAGGAGGAAUCGCAAGCGAACGGCACACAAGAGCGCGACGACCCCAAGUCUGCCUGGGUCAUGGCUGUUUACGAAGAUGACGCUGGCUUGGAACAGAAAUACAAGCGCACAAUCACCAAUCAAGGCGUCUCCGAGUAUCGCAUCAAUGAGCGCAUUGUUACCGCUCAACAAUAUAAUGAGUCGCUGGAGGACGAGAACAUCCUGAUCAAAGCGCGCAACUUCCUUGUCUUUCAGGGAGAUGUCGAAGCUAUUGCGACACAGAAACCACAGGAUUUGACACGCUUGAUCGAACAGGUUUCGGGCAGCAUCGAGUACAAAGCUGACUACGACCGAUUAAAAGCAGAACUAGAGGAGGCGACGGAGCAACAGACUUUUCAACUCAAUCGACGUCGAGGUAUCAACGCAGAGGUCCGGCAGUACCAGGAGCAGAAACGGGAGGCGGACCAUUUUCAGAAGAAGGCUGCAGAGCGAGAUGAAGCAAUUGUGACUCAUGUCUUGUGGAAAAUGUAUCACCUGCAACUCCAGAUGCAGGAGUCCAGCGCCCAGAUCCAGAAACAUCAAGAGGAGUUGAAAGAAUACCGUCGCGGUGUGGAAAAAUAUGAAAAGGCUCUAGACCUUGCAAAGAAAGAACAUGCUCGGGCUUCACGAGGUGUUGGCAAGAUAGAGAAAUUGAUCAAGAGUAAAGAAAAGGAGAUUGAGGACAAAACGGCAUCUCUCGUCCCAAUUGAUGAACAAAUCUCAGUCUCCACCCAGCAGCUCACAAAAUACGCAAACAGAGCGAACACAAUCGUCAAGGAGCGGACAACGCAGGCCGCUGCAGUAUCGCAACUCGAAAAAGACCUGAAGACUGUGGAGAAGGCACAGGCUCUGUGGCAGAAAGAAUGGGAACAGAAUGCCAGUCGGUUAGGCGGUCAAUUGAGUGAUGCUGAUCUUCAGGUGUACACUCGACUUCGCGAAGAAGUCAACAAGCGUGCAUCGGCCGACCAAAGUCGCAUCGAGAGGCUCAAGAACGAUCGAGCUCCGAUUGAAGCCACCUACAACAAUCUGAAGAACAGUGUUGAAAGUACCGAACACAAAUUGGGGUCACUCGAGAAUGAAUCCAGUGCCCUCCGCCAACGGCGGGACGCACUCAAGGAAACGGUGCAAGAGGCACAGGUGGAGAUAGACGCAAAGAGGAAAGAGCUCAAUGCUGUCGUGUCUAAACGACUGCAGGCAGCUCGAACCCGCACUGAGCUCGAUGAGAAGCUCGCGGAAGUGGCUCGAAAACUUCUGGAAGCUGAUGAUGGCCGCCGGACGAACGAGAGGGAAGGGAGAAUGCGGGAGACUAUCACCAUGCUCAAACGCACAUACCCCGGUGUCAAAGGUCGUGUUCAUGAACUAUGCAAGCCCAAGCAGAAGAAGUUUGCGGAGGCUGUCAGUACAGUGCUAGGGCGCCACUUCGACUCUGUCGUUGUCGACACCGAAGCAACCGCCAAGCAAUGUAUCGAGUAUCUACGAGAUCAUCGCUCGGGCCAAGCGACCUUCAUUCCGCUAGACACAAUACAAGUCAAGGCGCUCAACUCGAAUUUGAAAGGCAUGCAUAAGGGCAUGCGUCCAGCCAUCGACACGGUGGAUUAUGACCAGUCUGUCGCGCGAGCAAUCUCAUAUGCCUGCGGUAAUUCAAUCAUCUGUGAUGAUCUUAACAUAGCGAAGGACCUGUGCUACAAUCGCCAUGUGGAUGCAAAGGCUGUCACGUUAGAUGGCAAUGUUAUCCACAAGAGCGGUUUAAUGACUGGCGGCCGUGGCAGGGACCAACCCACUCGAAGAUGGGACGAAGCUGAAGUUGAUCGGCUCAACAAGCUGAAAGACAAGUUGAUGGAGGAUUUUGCCGCUCUGCCACAAGAAAGCUCUCGUCGAGCAGAGGAACAGACCCUCCAAAAUGAGCUGGCCGGUCUUGAAAGCAAACUACGAUAUGCUAAAGAAGAACUCGAAGCGCUCAACAAGAAUCUCCAGAGCAAGAUGCGCGAAGUUGAUCACGCUAAGCGUCAAUUGGCCGAGGAGCGUCCGAAGAUGCGCCAGGAAGAGAACAAGCUGGAAAAGAUAGACGAAGAUAUCUCGGACUACCAAGAAUCCGUAAACAAUGUGGAAAACGAAAUCUUUGCAGAUUUCUGCCAGAAGCACGGCUUUGACGACAUUCGAGACUAUGAAGCUAGACAAGGAUCACUCCAGCAAGAAGCUGCCCAGAAGAGGCUCGAAUUCGUCACACAAAAGGCCAGAAUUGAAGGUCAACUCAGUUUUGAAAAAACACGGCUUCAGCAAACCGACGACCGUCUCCUCGCUCUUCGAGACAAGGAACAACGCGACAAAGAGACGAUCGACGAGCUGAAUGAACGGCGACAAGGCAUCCAAGACGACCUCGAAACAUUGAAGAAUGAACUUGAUGAACUCCAUGCUCAACUGGACGAGCAGAGCGAGCUCCUAACCGCAGCAGCCGAAAAGCUGGCCAAGCAGAAGGCAGAGUUUCAGAUGCGCGCCAAAGAGAUGGAGAGUACCUUUCGAGCGAUUAAUGCCCUCGAAGCGGAGAUCCAGCGACAUUCCGCAACAAGAAACAGCAUCCUUCGCCGCUGCAAGAUUGAAAAUAUCGCUAUUCCACUAACUGAGCAAUCCGCGAGCUUGGACAGUGUGCCCGUCAACGACCUGCCAGUUGAAGAUGCCAAUGCGAUGGACGCUGAUGAAGACGAGCCAACGUCUUCCGCUCUAAACAACUUUGCCAGCAGCGACUACGGGAUCGAACCCGACUUCGAUGCACUAGAUGACGAGCUCAAAGAAGCAGACAACGAAGCCAUGGAAUCCAAAUUGCAGGAAGAUAUUGCCAAACUCAAUGCCGUGCUGGAUAGGAUGCAGCCUAAUGCGCACGCCGCUCAACGUCUGACCGCCGCAGAAGCCCGUGCACGCGACACAGAGCAGGAAUACAUAGAGUCACGUGACAAAUACACUGAUCUCAAGGCAAAAUUCGAGGACGCAAUGAAAAAGCGCAAUGAACUCUUCAACAAGGCUUUCAGCCACAUCUCAGAACAGAUCGAACCCAUUUACUCCAACCUGACCAAAUCGGACGAAUUUCCUGCUGGAGGCCGCGCUUACCUCACAGCAGAUGAGCAAGAGCCGUAUCUAGCAGGAGUGAAUUACCACACUAUGCCACCUACGAAGCGCUUUCGAGAUAUGGAGCAUUUGUCAGGAGGGGAAAAGACGAUGGCUGCGCUGGCGCUACUUUUUGCGAUUCAUAGUUUUCAGCCAAGCCCAUUUUUUGUCCUGGAUGAGGUGGACGCAGCCUUGGAUAAUGCCAAUGUGGGCAAGUUGGUAAAUUACGUGAAGAAUCAUGCGCGUCCGGGAAUGCAAUUCAUCGUGAUUAGUCUAAAGACUGGGUUCUUCCAGGGCAGCGAGGCACUGGUGGGGGUCUAUAGGGAUCAAGGAGCGAACAGUUCCAAAGUUCUAACGCUAGAUCUGAGGAAAUAUGUCUGA